AUGGUAGAGGUUAGCCCCCUUCCUGUUGGAGGUCUUACUUUCCACUUCCUCAAAGCCAUGUUGACUACUCGUGCUGCAACCCACGCUUGCAAAGAGGUGGUACCAGAAUGUCCGGUUGAAGGAACGAUUUACGGAUAUGCCCCGGAUUAUUCUACAACCGUCGAGUUCUGUGUCAUAUUCGCCAUCUGCUGUCUGGUCCAGCUAGUUCAGAUGUUUAGAUGGCGUCUGUGGUCGUUCAGUGUUUCUGUUAUUCUCGGGGCUUUGACUGAAGUGAUCGGCUAUUUCGGUCGUAUACUCCUCAACCAGAAUCCAUACUCAUCAAUCGGGUUCCAAACGCAGAUUGUCACGUUGACCCUCGCGCCCGCUUUCUGGUCUGCUGCUAUAUACCUGACGUUGAAGCAUGAAGUGAAUGUAUUGGGACCGCAAUAUUCGCUUAUACGAGCGAAAUGGUAUCCCUAUAUCUUCGUCACUUGCGAUCUCAUCUCUCUGGUUCUUCAGGGUGCUGGCGGUGGUAUCUCAGCUACAGCAAAGACAACCAGAAUGAUUGAUAUGGGCAGCCAUAUCAUGAUGGCUGGGAUUGUCUGGCAGGUAGUCACAUUGACGUUCUUUGCAAUGAUGUCAGUCCUCUUCCUCUUGCGAAUCAGAGGUGCUAUGAAAGAGGAGUUGACUUUCGAGGCUCAGAGGGUUUGGAAAAGUUCAAAGUUCUGGUCGUUCUUCUGGGGUAUUGCUAUUGCAUUCUCCACCACUUACGUCCGCUGCGUCUAUCGUAUUGUAGAGAUGGCCGGUGGGUGGAAGAACGAAAUCAUGCAGGACGAGUUUAGUUUCACUCUUUUUGAGUCUGCGUAA